AUUUCUCCUUCCUCUUCCGCUUCCGUCUCGGUCACCAAAGCCUCCUUCAGCUCCACUGGGCCUCGGCCCGCUGCUCCCCGCCGUGCCCCGCCGGGCUGCGGCUGCCCGGGGGUAGCGGGAGGAUCCUCGGGGAGGCCGCGCCGGGGAGGACAAGAUGGAGGUAAAAGAUGCAAAUGCUGCAUUGCUGAGUAACUUUGAGGUGUACCAGUUACUUACGGAUCUCAAGCAGCAGCGUAAAGAGAGUGGCAAAACCAAGCAGAGCUCUGGGCAGCAGAAUCUGAACACAAUCAUGUAUGAGACACUGAAGUACAUUUCAAAAACACCCUGCAGGUACCAGAGUCCUGAGACUGUCAGGGAGUUCCUGGUAGCAAUGAAAGACCAUAAAUUAACCAAGGCAGAAAAGCUGCAGCUGCUGAACCACAGGCCUGUGAGUGCAGUGGAGAUCCAGCUGAUGGUGGAAGAAAGCGAGGAGAGGCUGACAGAGGAGCAGAUCGAGUCCCUCCUGCAGACAGUCACCAACAUCCUGCCAGGGGAUCCAGAGGAGCAGCAGAGGGACUCAGCAAUGGCAACAGAAGACAAAGGGCUGCUCUUGUGCUGAGAAAGGGGAAUGAGCUGCCAGAAUUCCUGAUCUGAUGCUUCAAAACACCUGGGCUUUCUCUUCCCAUCCAUUCAGAUUUCUUGAGGAUUCUUUGGCAGUUCCUGCUGGAGAAGUUUUAUUAGAAGAAGCUUUAUUUAAUGGAAGGAGAAGGAGCUGCUGCUCCUGCCUGGCUGUGCUCUGGUGCUGGGCAGGGGGAAUGGAUCUGCUGGAACCAGAUGUGCACAGGGAAUUUUGAGGAAGAUCCAGGAAAUCCCUCCUGCUGAGCUGAGCAGCUUUGGUGGAGCUCAGGGCUGUGUGUGAGGCUGUGCCUGUGGCUUUUUAUUUUUUUGUUGUUUCUUUUUUGUUAAGGUCAGGAUUAAAUGUGUGAGAUUGUAUUUCUUGUUUGGACUUAGAUGUUUAUUAGUUCUUAUCUAUAUUAUAGUCUUGCAGACUGUGAGUUCUACAGUACUUCAUUCUAACAAACUAAAAAUGGAGCUGUAUCUCUCUCUUUAUAAGGCUUUUUAAGGAUAAACUGUUUAAUUAAGGAA